GUGGCGACGAGAGAAGGUCGGGCAGAACCUGAGCGGAGCAGACGACGCACUUCUCGCCCAGCGCCCCUCGCGUGCCCAGCUGGGAAUUUGGCAGUGAGCGGAGAGCAAGAGCGUCUGCCAUGUCCAAGGAAGAGUUGAAGUACCUGAGCGGCUUUGGCUCCGAAUUCGCCACCGAGGCCCUUCCAGGAGCUCUUCCCGAGGGCCAGAACAACCCGCAAGUAUGUCCGUACGGCCUCUAUGCUGAGCAGCUUUCCGGCACUGCGUUCACGGCGCCUCGUGAGACCAACAGGAGAGCUUGGUUCUACAGGAUCAGGCCCUCCGUGGUCCACAAGCCAUUCGCGCCCAUCAAGCACAAGUAUCUGGACUGCAGCUUCGACAAACGACAUCCGAAUCCCAACCAGCUGCGAUGGAACCCGUUCGACAUUCCCGCCGAGCCGACGGACUUCGUGGAGGGUUUGAGGACCGUGUGCGGCGCCGGAAACGCAACUGUGCGUCACGGCUGCAUCAUCCACAUCUACGCUUGCAACAAGUCGAUGGGGGAUUCGGCCUUCCAGAACAGCGACGGAGAUUUUCUUAUUGUUCCGCAGCAGGGAGUCCUGGACAUCACCACAGAAUACGGCCGCCUUCGCGUGGCCCCCAAUGAGAUCUGUGUGGUUCAGUCGGGAAUGAGGUUCAACGUGGCCGUUCAAGGUCCUACUCGUGGGUACAUACUCGAGGUAUACGACGGCCACUUCGUCCUGCCGAAUUUAGGUCCCAUUGGUGCCAACGGCCUGGCCAACCCGCGCGAUUUCCUGACGCCCGUUGCUUGGUACGAGGAUAGGGAGGUCGCUGACUACCGCAUCAUUACUAAGUAUCAGGGCCACCUAUUCGAGGCACUCCAGGGGCAUUCGCCCUUCGACGUGGUGGCUUGGCACGGCAACUACGUCCCCUACAAGUACAACCUAAAGAACUUCAUGGUUAUCAACGCUACGGCCUUCGAUCACGCUGAUCCGUCCAUCUUCACGGUGCUGACCUGCCCCAGCACGAAGCCGGGCGUCGCCAUCGCCGACUUCGUCAUCUUCCCUCCGCGCUGGGCCGUUCAGGAGCACACCUUCCGCCCGCCGUACUACCACCGUAACUGCAUGAGCGAGUUCAUGGGCCUCAUCUUCGGCAACUACGAGGCCAAGGAAGAAGGAUUCAGACCUGGGGGCGCGUCCCUGCACUCCAUGAUGAUCCCACACGGACCCGACGUCCAGUGCUUCGAGGGAGCCUCCAAGUGCGAGCUCACGCCCGUCAGGGUAGCGGACGGCACGCAGUCGUUCAUGUUCGAGACGAGCCUGGGCCUGGCGCUGACGGAGUGGGGCGAGGACACCUGCCGCAAGGUCGACGCCAGCUACUUCGAGUGCUGGCAGGGCCUCAAGAAGAACUUUGACCCGAACUGGAAGCCUGAGAAGAAGGAGUAAAGUCAAGGAGUUAUGGGCGGGUCGAGAAAGGCCAUGGGACGAAUUGGAAUGGGCAUCUAUCAGUAUCGUUAUAUUGAAAGGGGAUAUUGCAAUAAUAUUGUUAUUCGUGGUUUAUAGUAUAGUUUAUGAAAAUUGAUGUAAAAUAAAGAGAUUGGUGUAUAUGAAGGGGAAACUACAUUAAAUUGUUUUGACACUUUUGUUGCAGUUUUCAGGACAGAUAAAGACAGAUUAAUAUAAACCAUACCUACAUUUGUGUACAUUUUCGCCAGUAUAGUUCCCAAGAGUUUUGUAAAAACUGUAAAAAAAUAGAAAAUAUCUCAAUAGCUCAGAAUUGUGUUUCGAAACAAUAGCAGUAGCAUUCCUAGUAGCAUUCCUAGCUUCAGCUUUGUGUGUCUUCCUGUCAUAAAAUGCAUAGCUGUUCUUGUAGGCAGUACAGUGUUAAUUUGGAGGUGAUGCUAGCAGGCAAGACACUCCGACUGACCCCUGUAUAUGCUCAGUAGCUGUUAGGAAGCAAAGUUUGGUCGGCUUUGGGUAUGUGGUAGAUUACUGUAUAUUGGACCAACCUUCAGAACUGAUAAAUAUUUUUGUAAGUCUGA